GGGGGGGGGCACUGGCCCCUCCACUUUGCGACGGGCCCGGUGACACGUGCGCCAACAGAGGCCCACUGGAUGGGGCCGCAGUCAUUACAAUUGUAGACUUGAUGCGCGUUUACUCUUGAUCACAGCUGCUUGAUUCUUGAGACUCAGUCAUGGACAUCGAUGGCUUCGUGCUUUUACGCAUCGUUGCCCGCGUGAAAGGUCUCCCUCCCGGCUUGGCCUUUCGCCGUCGCUCGCUCGCUUCGUAUACGCACAGCACGUACUAUACUGAACGUGCAGGUGUAGCCGAGUGUGGAUAAAAAUCCCGUUUUGCAUGCACAACCCGUGUCAGAAUCAAUUGGCUACGACCUGGAACAAUACACGUAACUAGGGCAAGUGGCUUCAGCCGCAAGACAGAAGCUUCCUUUGGCGCCCGUGUAAUUUCUAGCCGCAGCCUUUGAACGCAGCCACCAAAUUGUGGAAGAUGACGUCUGGGAGCCAAACAAGCUGGUAGCCAAAUGUACGCCACACGGAAACACACAUGAAACAGGAAUAAGAACUGGCACCAGCUAGAAGUGUCGCGACGUUGCAUAUAUAGCUCCGCCACGACAACUUCACGGGAACUGACUAAAAACUUAGGGGAAACAUUUAUAAUACAUACCCAAGUCUGCAAGUUGCUACGGGGUCGACACAGAAAAUGACAAUUUAUUCACCCAUACCACCGCCCUUGCAGGAACCUCAAUUACAGAAUCUUAGCACUUUGAGCUGGCGAGUAUUUCAGGCCGCCAAAAAUGGUAAACCUAUUACUCUAGGGGCAUUGCUGUACGACAAGUCGCCGGCAAUAAUAAAUCUCGUGCUGUCUGAAUCAGUCGAGUGCGAUGAUUACCGAUGCACCGCCCUGGUCGCUGCGGCUCGAAACGGACACAACACAGUGGUCAAACUCCUGCUUGACCAGUAUGGCGUCAACACAGAGCAGACGGGGACAGUCAAGUUCAAUGGCUACGUUAUUGAGGGGGCCACAGCGCUGUGGAGCGCUGCCGGGGCGGGCUAUUUCGAGGUCGUCAAAACGCUGGUCGAUCACAGUGCUGAUGUUAAUCAUGCAACCGUGUCAGACUCCACCCCGUUGAGGGCUGCAUGCUACGACGGAAGGCUGGACGUGGUGAAGUGCUUGGUGCAAAACAAGGCUGACAUCCAUAAACCAAACAAAUAUGGAAAUACAUGUGUCAUGAUAGCUGGUUACAAAGGGCACGGUGCUGUUGUCGAGUACUUACUUGUCAAUGGAGGCGAUGUGAAUGCCCAAGCUAACUGUGGCGCCACGGCGAUGCACUUCACAGCAGAGUGUGGCCGGUUGGCUAUUGUGAAACUUCUGGUCAGGCAUCAUGCCAAGAUGCUUAAAAAUGAACAUGGACUCACGCCUCUGAUGGUCGCCUGUGACAAUGGCAUGGCUGAGGUAGCAGAAUUCCUCAUGUCAUUGCCAAAGGUGACUACAAUGGAAAAAAUCCAGGCUUUGGAAUUGCUUGGUGCAUCGUUUGCAAAUGAUAAGGAGCACUAUGACAUUGCCAAGACGUACCACUAUUUCUACUUGGCCAUGCUGCACAGAUGCAUGGAAUCGGAGAAAGUCAACAUCAAAGAGGUGUGUGAACUGUCGCCUGCUUACGCUGAUCGCCGCGAGUGUGUCACCCUGCAAGAGCUGAAGGAAAUCAAGGGUGACCACUUUGCGCUCCAGAUGGAGGCACUGAUCAUUCGGGAGCGCAUCCUGGGCCAGCAGAACCCCGAUCUGCUCCACCCAAUCAUCUUCCGGGGAGCAGUGUGCGCAGACAGCAUGCAGUUCAGCUCCUGCAUCUCCCUGUGGAUGCACGCCAUGAACAUCCGGCAUCGUCUCAACCGUUCCAUCCAGAAGGACAUUCUCCGUUUUGCCCAGGUCUUUUCCCAGAUGCUGCACAUCGGGGAGGAGGUUCCCUUCCAAAACCUCUACCAUGUGCUGGCCCUGGCCGUCGUCGAGAUUGAGAGCUGGCAGGCCAAAUUGAAAUCAGCCCAGGAUCAGGUGGACAGGAAGUCCCUGCAGAGUGUACUAGAUGCCGAUAUACUCACCACGCUGUACAUCCUGAUGGUGAUGAUCAACAAGCACGUCAACAAGACCAAAACCCAGGAGCACCAGUCCAAGAAACUGGUGUACCGCUUGAUCUCGCUCAACCCGAGAACUGCAAACGGAUCCACGCCCCUGCACAUGGCUGUCAACCAGCUCACGCCAGUGGACGACUUCCACACGAAUAACGUCUGCUACUUCCCCAGCUAUCGGCUCGUGGAGUUGUUGCUGGAGUGCGGUGCAGACCCUAAUGCCACAGAUCACUUCGGGGAAACGCCGCUGCAUGUCGUAGUUCAGUACAACAAGCCAAUAAGCGACUUCACUACGUUGCAUUCCAUCAUAGUGCUCCUGGCAAGUAGAGGCUGCCAUUUGGACCAGACGAAUGAUGAGGGGAAGACAGCCAGUGAUGUGUCUACUACAGGGGUGGCAGAAAUCAUCCUCAUAGCCCUAAUCAAGCCGUCUUUGAAAUGCAUAGCUGCAAGGACCGUUAAAAGACAUGGCAUAAAGUAUAAAGGGUUGGUCCCAAAGACAUUAGAAGGUUUCAUAGAGAUGCAUUGAUAAAGUAGAUUCUGUUUAUAAAAUUAUGAGCUUAAAAACACUUGUUUGGGUUUGAAACCACUUCACAGUUUGGUUAUUGAAUUUAGGCAGUACUGGUUAUGGUGCGACGACUGUGAAUCCUUGAUAUUCAUGGAUUACUCUGAAAUUUCAGGUUUCUUGAGAAAUUACCAAUUUCUAAGAAAAAAACUUUGCCCAGAUAUCUAAAUCCAAGGGCAGAUCUAGGUUCAUUAAAACGCAGUAUAAUGUAACAGGCAGAUAUGGCCCCCUCUCUUGUAUUCAUGAACUCUAACCCCCAGGGUGUGUGUAAAAUAAUAAUGAAAUUGGAGGAUUUGGGACUGUUGGGGCUAAUCCGCCAGCAUUUGAAUCUCCUGUUCCAGCCCUUCAUGUCGAAUUGGUCUUUUGUAUGUUAACUUUAUGUAAGAAUUGGCCAUGUACCAAACAGACAGUACUGUAAUAUCUAUGCAGCAAAUGAAAAAGAUUGGUUUCCAACAUCUUUCACAAUUUCUUUGUAUGUAAACGGAAUACAUUUAAAAAUAAUCCAUGCGGCUGGCAUUAAUGUAGUAAUGAAGAAUCCAAGUAAUGUAAGCAAAUUACGUGUACAAAUGGAUGUCAAGUUCAUUUAUUUCUGAUUUAUUAACCCUAACCCUACAUAAUCCCAAAAAUUACUACUUAGUAGUAAAAUGUAGCAAACAGCGCUGUCGCCUGUAUGACUUUAUGCCUGAGCAUGACUUUAUUGUUCUCUGAAGUCAUAAAAUACAAUAGAUAAGACAAUGUACCAUACAGUACUGUGGCACUUUGAUUUUAUUGUUCUCUGCACGAGUAACAAUGCAGGGUGCCCUAGCGAAAAGUAGUAAUUUGUUGGGCUAUAUGUAGGUCCUGCAGGCUCGGACUACUGUAGUAUUUUGUAGUACUGAGUCCUGUAAGCCAAAUGAUAUGCUUGGGGUUAGGGUUAAUUAAUGUAUACAUGUAUGUGUGUUAUAAAUUUAACACUGCCAUGAAACCAGAACUGUGGGUAAAAUUCAUGACAAAAAGUCCUAGGCCGUUUUCCAACUUUGGCUCCGCCUUGGGCUUCAACUGCUUUUUACUUUUGUAAGCAAAAAAGCCAAAACUUACAGUACUUCAAUUUAAUUUAAAUGCUUCAGGUUCACCAUCAGGGAUUGUUUUUGGAGACGAAGCCUGAGAUGGAGACAAAAUCUAGUACUGGAAAACGGCCCUAAAAUCAUACCAAAGGAGAACCACUUGUACUUACAUCAAAGUUUAUUCGCUUGGACUCAGGAAAUGGCUGUUUGACUUGCUUUCUCAAACAGUUAAUUCAGUAAGACAUGUACAUGUAAGUUUAAUCUGCAAUUUUCAAAAAACCAAUUUGUUAUCAAAACAGUGUCAUUACAUGUUUUUAACCACUGUUGUAGUCGAGACCACUUAAAGACCUUUACAAGACUAGCACAAGGCCAACACCAAACCUCCAGUCGGAAGUCAAGUCACAAGCUAUUCAAAUGAACUGCAACAGAAGCAUUCCUUUCUCAUUGUUCACGGUCUUGCUUGUGCCUGGUCUUGCGCAUGGUCUUCUGAAGGUCUGAACUAAAACAAUAAUAAUUUUAACAUAUUGCACAGUGUAAAUUGUACCCUAUCUAUGCUAGUGUCUAUUGAAAGUACAUGUACAUGUACAUAAGCAGCUGUGUACUGAAGGGCUGAGUCAAUUCAAAUAAUUCACUAUACGAAUAUUCGACUUUCAAUUCAAUCCAAAUAUUCGGUUGCACACGUUGCAGAUUCGGUUGCAGACUGUUGAUGAACAUGCCAAUAUACAAAAUCAGUUGCAAUAAUACACACAUAUUAUAGCUUCUCACAAUAUUAUAGCUUUCUCACAUCUAGGAGUAUCUCCAGCCACAAUUGAGAAAGAUUUUAAGAGAUACAUGUACUUCUUGCCCUGCUGAAA